GCCGUGGAAGCUUUCGCCUCUUCCUUUUCCUUCCCACCUCGCUCCUUCGUCGUCUUCCUUCCCAUCUCUCCAGUCGCCCAAGCUUAACACGCUCGCGCACGUCUCCCCCCGCCUCGCCCCCCCUCCCAUCUCUCUCUCGCCGCCUUCGCGCCCCCGCCGCGAUCCAGCCAGCGAGCGGCCGGCCAUGGCCGCGGGGUCGAUCCGGGUCACCAUGGAGGUGGGCGCCGACGGCGUCGCGCUCAUCACCAUCGCCAACCCGCCCGUCAACGCGCUCCACCCCAUCCUCAUCGCCGGGCUCAAGGACAAGUACGCGGAGGCCGCGCGCCGCGACGACGUCAAGGCAAUCGUGCUCACCGGUGCCGGAGGCAAGUUCUGCGGAGGAUUUGAUAUCAAUGUUUUCACAAAGGUUCAUCAGACUGGGGAUGUAUCGCUUAUGCCAGACGUAUCCGUUGAGCUUGUGUCAAACAUGAUGGAAGAGGGUAAAAAACCUUCUGUUGCAGCCAUUCAAGGCCUUGCUCUGGGUGGUGGCCUAGAAUUGGCUAUGGGUUGUCAUGCUCGGAUAUCUACCCCUGAAGCUCAGCUUGGAUUACCAGAGCUGACUCUGGGCAUCAUCCCUGGAUUUGGAGGAACCCAGCGUCUGCCAAGGCUUGUAGGUCUGCCCAAAGCAAUUGAAAUGAUGCUGCAAAGUAAGUUCAUUACUGCAAAGGAAGGGAAGGAACGUGGUCUGAUUGAUGCCCUUUGCUCUCCUGAUGAAUUGAUAAAGAUGUCACGUCUUUGGGCUCUGGAGAUUGCUAAUUGCCGUAAACCUUGGAUAAGAUCUCUUGGCAGAACUGAUAGGCUUGGAUCACUGUCUGAAGCUCGUGCUGUAUUAAGUGCAGCAAGAGAGCAAGCAAAGAAGGUUGCUCCAAACAUGCCACAGCAUCAGGCUUGCCUUGAUGUAAUUGAAGAAGGUGUAUUAUAUGGAGGCCAUGCCGGUGUUUUGAAGGAAGCCAAGGUGUUCAAGGAGUUGGUGGUAGCACCAACAUCAAGGGCUCUUGUUCAUGUUUUCUUUGCGCAACGUUCCACCACAAAGGUGCCAGGUGUAACUGAUGUUCAACUCAAACCCAGACAAAUUAGAAAAGUUGCUGUUAUUGGUGGUGGUCUGAUGGGCUCUGGAAUCGCAACAGCACUUCUUGUUAGCAACAUUUCCGUUGUGCUCAAGGAAGUAAACCCUCAGUUUCUGCAAAGGGGAGAGAGAAUGAUAGCAGGUAAUCUUGAGGGCCUGGUAAAAAGAGGCUCAUUAACAAAGGAUAAGAUGAACAAGGCCAUGUCACUUCUCAAGGGUGCAUUGGAUUAUUCGGAUUUCAAGGAUAUUGAUAUGGUUAUUGAGGCUGUUAUUGAGAAGAUUCCUUUGAAGCAAUCGAUAUUUGCUGACAUUGAGAAAAUCUGCCCUAAACAUUGCAUACUUGCAACAAACACGUCUACCAUCGAUUUGAAUGUUGUUGGCGAGAAGACGAAUUCUCAAGAUAGAAUUAUAGGGGCUCAUUUUUUCAGCCCUGCUCAUAUUAUGCCCUUGCUUGAAAUUGUUCGGACAGAGAAGACAUCACCACAAGCUAUCCUUGAUCUCAUCAGUGUUGGGAAGAUCAUAAAGAAAGUACCUGUUGUGGUUGGCAACUGCACAGGAUUUGCAGUUAACCGUACAUUUUUCCCUUACACACAGGGUUCUCAUCUUCUAGUUAGUCUUGGCAUUGAUGUUUUUAGAAUUGAUCGAGUAAUAAGCAACUUCGGCAUGCCAAUGGGACCUUUUCAACUCCAAGAUGUAGCUGGGUAUGGAGUAGCCUUGGCAGUAAAGGGCAUCUAUGCUGAGGCCUUUGGAGAACGAAAUUUGGACUCUGACCUUGUGGACUUGAUGGUAAAGGAUGGGCGGCAGGGAAAGGUAAAUGGCAAAGGUUACUACAUUUAUGAGAAGGGUGGGAAGCCAAAGCCUGACCCUAGUGUUCAGCGUGUGAUUGAAGAGUACAGGAAACAUGCAAAGACAAUGCCUGGCGGAAAGCCUGUUACUUUAACGGAUCAAGAUAUUUUGGAGAUGAUUUUCUUCCCAGUUGUGAAUGAGGCAUGCAGGGUUAUGGAUGAAAAUGUUGUUAUUCGGGCUUCUGAUCUUGAUAUUGCUUCUGUUCUCGGAAUGGGCUUUCCUAAGUACAGGGGUGGUCUUGUCUUCUGGGCUGACACUGUUGGAGCACCUUACAUAUAUUCAAAGCUAAGCCGGUGGGCUGAACUUUAUGGUCCCUACUUCAAGCCAUCAUCGUAUUUGGAACAAAGAGCUAAGAGCGGUGUACCACUGAGCGCGCCAAGCACGUCGCAGCAAGGUUCGGCGAGGUCGCGCAUGUGAGGUGCUGCUCAGCAGUUGGUAGAAGAAGAAUUGCGUGGUGAGAGCGUCGUCGGCCCCUGUUCAUCAGUCCACCUCUGCAAACACGAGAGGAGGCCCAGGAAAAGAUGAUAGAAUAAAUGGUUUUGCAUAGCCGUUUACAUGGUACAAAUUUUGCUGCCUUGGACUGUGACUAUGGCAGGGUUUCUUUGGACACGGUGGCAGAUCCAGUGUGGCAAGCAUUCUUGUAUCUGCCCAAUCUGUAUUAUACUAUUAUAUAUGUAUGUCACGAUCAUUCGUACCAAGUUUAAUAAUAAAGAAGGAAAUGUGCAGCCGCCA